AUGAAUACUCGAGAUAUUUCCAAAAAAGAAUACGCAUCCACAACUUUGACAAAGACACAUAGGAAGAGCUUAAUGUCAUAUAUUAGAUUAACUUCCAUAAGUGCACGUUUAUCCAUUAUCAUAUUUAUUUUCUCUUGUGCUUUUUUCUUGAAUCAUGUUUCAGCAGCAUUACCUGGAAAACCAAACCCAUGUAAUCCUUCUCAAGUUACCACAGCGGAUCUUAGGGAAUUAAACAUAGAAGAAGCAGAAGAAUUCAAAAGAAUGGCAUGGAAUAAUUGGUUGAUGCGUCUGGAAUCUGAAUGGAAACAUUUUAAUGAAACAUUAGAAAAGGAUAAAGUACAGUGGCUUGAAGAAAGAGAACAAGUUUGGAACGAUUGGUUAAAUAAUAUGCAAAAUAAUUGGAAUAAUUAUAACGAAGAGAUGCACAAAGAAUACAAAACUGAGGUUUUGGAAAAAUCUGAACACUGGAGUGAAAGUCAAUGGAUCAAAUGGAUGCAAACAGAAGGUAGGCAAAUUAUGGAAUUACAGUGGGAAAAAUGGGUUCAUGAUAAUGAUUACUCACUAAAUCAACUAAUCUUAAAUAAAUGGGUUCAGUGGAAAAAUAACAAAAUAAAAUCAUGGCUAGCAAAUGAAUGGAAAGCCGAAGAAGAUUAUUAUUGGGCAAAUUGGGAAUAUUCAACAACAGCAAAAUGGUUACAUUUUGCUGAGCGAAAACUCUGGCUUAAAUGGAAAGAAAGGAUCAGCAGGGAAGCUGAACAAUGGAUGAAUUGGGUACAAAUGAAGGAAAGUGUAUAUAUAUCUGAAGAGUGGAACAAAUGGCCAAAAUGGAAAAAUUAUAAAAAAAUACUUUUCAAUAAAUGGGCAUCUAAUCAAAUUUAUAAAUGGACAAUGAAAAAACAAUGGAAGACAUGGCUAAAGGACUGUAAGAAUAAUACCUCACAAAACGAAGAAAAAAUUACAAUAUGA